CUGUUGUGGAAAGCCUCAGGAAGGAGUUUCUUUGCUCUUACUUCUUGGACUCCUUUGCAAGGGUGUCAAAAUAUUGUCUGCGGUGCUUCUUCAUAGAACUAUGACUUAAGCAAGAGAUUCCACUAGCCACGAGACCCUGGUUGAAGAUCACAAUCCAUCUUCAAAAUGACGAGGAUUUUGACAGCUUGCAAAGUGGUGAAGACACUGAAGAGUGGUUUGCGCUUUACCAAUGCGACUGUGCUGCAGCGAAGCAGGUAUUUCAGCCGGCGGAGUAUCAACCAUGCUCCCAUCCAGGCACAGACAGCACACAUUGUCCUUGAAGAUGGAACUAAGAUGAAAGGCUACUCUUUUGGCCAUCCAUCCUCGGUUGCUGGUGAAGUGGUUUUUAAUACUGGCCUGGGAGGGUACCCGGAAGCUCUUACUGACCCUGCCUACAGAGGACAGAUUCUCACAAUGGCCAACCCUAUCAUUGGGAAUGGUGGAGUGCCGGACACUUCUGCACUGGAUGAACUGGGACUUAGCAAAUAUUUGGAGUCUGAUGGAAUUAAGGUUGCAGGUUUGCUGGUGUUAAAUUACAGUAAUGACUACAACCACUGGCUGGCUACCAAGAGUCUAGGGCAAUGGCUAAAUGAAGAAAAGGUUCCCGCAAUUUACGGCGUGGAUACAAGAAUGCUGGCGAAAAUAAUUCGGGAUAGGGGCACCAUGCUUGGGAAGAUUGAGUUUGAAGGUCAGUCUGUGGAUUUUGUGGAUCCAAAUAAACAGAAUUUGAUUGCUGAGGUUUCAACCAAGGAUGUCAAGGUGUACGGUAAAGGAAACCCCACGAAAGUGGUAGCUGUAGACUGUGGGAUAAAAAACAAUGUCAUCCGCCUACUAGUAAAGCGAGGAGCUGAAGUGCAUUUAGUUCCCUGGAAUUAUGACUUCACCCAGAUGGAGUAUGAUGGACUUCUGAUUGCUGGAGGACCUGGGAACCCCACUCUUGCACAGCCACUAAUUCAGAAUGUGAAAAAGGUUUUGGAGAGUGAUCGAAAAGAGCCAUUGUUUGGAAUUAGUACGGGAAAUCUAAUAACAGGAUUAGCUGCUGGUGCCAAAUCCUACAAGAUGCCCAUGCCCAACAGAGGACAGAAUCAGCCUGUUUUAAAUAUUACAAACAGGCAGGCUUUCAUUACUGCUCAGAAUCAUGGCUAUGCUCUGGACAACGCCCUCCCUGCUGGUUGGAAACCACUUUUUGUGAAUGUCAACGAUCAAACAAAUGAGGGGAUUAUGCAUGAAAGCAAACCCUUUUUUGCUGUGCAGUUCCACCCAGAGGUCAGCCCAGGGCCAACAGACACUGAGUAUCUCUUUGAUUCCUUUUUUUCACUGAUAAAGAAAGCAAAAGGUACCACUGUUACAUCAGUUCUACCAAAGCCAGCGCUGAUUGCAUCUCGAGUUGAGGUUUCCAAAGUCCUCAUCCUGGGCUCAGGAGGUCUGUCCAUUGGUCAGGCAGGUGAAUUUGAUUACUCGGGAUCUCAAGCUGUCAAAGCCAUGAAGGAAGAAAAUGUCAAAACUGUCCUGAUGAACCCAAACAUUGCUUCAGUUCAGACCAAUGAGGUGGGCUUGAAGCAGGCAGACACUGUCUACUUUCUUCCCAUCACUCCUCAGUUUGUCACAGAGGUCAUCAAGGCAGAACGGCCUGAUGGCCUAAUUCUAGGCAUGGGUGGUCAGACAGCUCUGAACUGUGGAGUGGAACUGUUCAAGAGAGGUGUGCUCAAGGAAUAUGGUGUGAAAGUCCUUGGAACUUCAGUUGAAUCCAUUAUGGCUACAGAAGACAGGCAGCUGUUCUCGGAUAAACUAAAUGAGAUUAAUGAAAAGAUUGCUCCAAGCUUUGCAGUGGAAUCAAUUGAGGAUGCCCUAAAGGCAGCAGACACCAUUGGCUACCCUGUGAUGAUCCGUUCUGCAUAUGCAUUGGGUGGAUUAGGUUCUGGCAUCUGUCCCAACAGGGAAACCUUACUGGAUCUCAGCACAAAGGCUUUUGCUAUGACCAAUCAGAUUUUGGUGGAGCGAUCAGUAACAGGUUGGAAAGAAAUAGAGUAUGAAGUAGUGCGGGAUGCUGAUGACAAUUGUGUCACUGUCUGUAACAUGGAAAAUGUCGACGCUAUGGGUGUACACACAGGUGAUUCAGUUGUUGUGGCCCCAGCCCAGACACUCUCCAAUGCAGAGUUUCAGAUGCUGAGACGCACUUCAAUCAAUGUUGUUCGCCACUUGGGCAUUGUGGGAGAAUGCAACAUUCAGUUUGCCCUUCAUCCUACCUCGAUGGAAUAUUGCAUCAUUGAAGUGAAUGCCAGACUCUCCCGAAGCUCUGCCUUGGCCUCAAAGGCUACUGGCUACCCAUUAGCAUUCAUUGCAGCAAAGAUUGCCCUAGGAAUCCCACUUCCAGAAAUCAAGAAUGUUGUGUCUGGGAAGACAUCAGCCUGCUUUGAACCUAGCCUGGACUACAUGGUUACCAAGAUUCCUCGUUGGGACCUUGACCGUUUUCAUGGAACCUCUAGCCGAAUUGGCAGCUCUAUGAAAAGUGUAGGAGAGGUCAUGGCUAUUGGUCGCACAUUCGAGGAGAGUUUCCAGAAGGCUCUACGGAUGUGUCAUCCAUCUGUAGAUGGUUUCACUCCCCGUCUCCCAAUGAACAAAGAGUGGCCGUCUAACCUGGACCUCCAGAAAGAGCUCUCUGACCCAUCCAGCAUUCGCAUCUAUGCCAUCGCCAAGGCCAUGGAAGAAAACGUGUCCCUUGAUGAAAUUGAGAAGCUCACAUCCAUCGACAAGUGGUUUUUGUAUAAGAUGCGUGAUAUUUUAAACAUGGAAAAGACACUGAAAGGGCUCAAUAGUGAGUCCAUUUCUGAAGAGACCCUGAGGAGAGCAAAGGAGAUCGGCUUCUCAGACAAGCAGAUCUCAAAAUGCCUGGGCCUGACUGAGGCCCAGACAAGGGAGCUGAGGCUUAAGAAAAACAUCCACCCUUGGGUUAAACAGAUUGAUACUCUGGCUGCAGAAUACCCAUCUGUAACAAAUUACCUGUAUGUGACCUACAAUGGUCAGGAGCAUGAUAUCAAUUUUGAUGAACAUGGACUGAUGGUGUUGGGCUGUGGGCCUUAUCACAUUGGCAGCAGUGUAGAAUUUGAUUGGUGUGCUGUCUCCAGCAUUCGCACACUGCGUCAACUUGGCAAGAAGACAGUGGUGGUGAAUUGCAACCCUGAGACUGUGAGCACUGACUUUGAUGAGUGUGACAAACUGUACUUUGAAGAGCUGUCUUUGGAGAGAAUCCUAGACAUCUACCAUCAGGAGGCAUGUAGUGGCUGCAUCAUAUCCGUUGGGGGUCAGAUUCCAAACAACCUGGCAGUCCCGCUGCACAAGAAUGGUGUCAAGAUCAUGGGUACGAGCCCAUUGCAAAUCGACAGGGCUGAGGACCGCUCCAUUUUCUCAGCUGUGUUAGAUGAGCUGAAGGUGGAUCAGGCACCGUGGAAAGCUGUUAAUACUUUGAAUGAAGCACUGGAAUUUGCAAAGUCUGUGGGCUACCCCUGCCUAUUGAGACCUUCCUAUGUAUUGAGUGGGUCUGCCAUGAAUGUAGUGUUCUCUGAGGAAGAGAUGAAAAGAUUCCUGGAGGAGGCCACCAGAGUUUCGCAGGAACACCCAGUGGUGCUGACAAAGUUUAUAGAGGGAGCCCGCGAAGUAGAAAUGGAUGCUGUUGGCAAAGAUGGAAGGGUUAUCUCCCACGCCAUUUCUGAACAUGUGGAAGAUGCAGGCGUCCACUCAGGAGAUGCCACUCUGAUGCUGCCCACACAAACCAUCAGCCAAGGAGCCGUUGAAAAGGUGAAGGAUGCCACCCGAAAGAUCGCAAAGGCGUUUGCCAUCUCUGGCCCGUUCAAUGUCCAAUUUCUUGUCAAAGGAAAUGAUGUCUUGGUGAUUGAGUGCAACCUGAGAGCUUCUCGUUCCUUCCCCUUUGUUUCCAAGACCCUUGGGGUUGACUUUAUUGAUGUGGCCACAAAGGUGAUGAUUGGAGAGAAAAUUGAUGAGCAGCAUCUUCCAACACUGGAUCGCCCCAUAAUUCCUGCUGACUAUGUUGCGAUUAAGGCUCCAAUGUUUUCCUGGCCCCGGCUGAGGGAUGCUGACCCCAUCCUCAGAUGUGAGAUGGCUUCCACUGGAGAGGUGGCUUGCUUUGGUGAGGGUAUUCACACAGCCUUCCUAAAGGCAAUGCUUUCUACCGGAUUUAAAUUACCUCAGAAAGGCAUUCUGAUUGGAAUCCAGCAAUCAUUCCGUCCAAGAUUCCUUGGUGUGGCGGAACAACUACACAAUGAAGGUUUUAAGCUCUUUGCUACAGAAGCCACAUCCGAUUGGUUGAAUGCCAACAAUGUUCCUGCCACCCCAGUGGCAUGGCCAUCUCAGGAGGGACAGAAUCCCAGUCUCUCUUCCAUCAGAAAAUUGAUAAGAGAUGGCAAAAUUGACCUAGUGAUUAAUCUUCCCAACAACAACACUAAGUUUGUCCAUGAUAAUUAUGUGAUUCGGAGGACAGCUGUUGACAGUGGAAUUGCUCUCCUCACUAAUUUUCAGGUGACCAAACUUUUUGCUGAGGCUAUGCAGAAAUCUCGCAACGUGGACUCCAAGAGUCUUUUCCACUAUAGGCAAUACAGUGCCAAAAAAGCAGCAUAGAGAAGCAAACACCUCAGUUCCAUUCUUAAAUCACCUGAGCCACGUUUUAUCUAAAGGAACUGAUUCCUGACUUUGUUUCCCAGAGAUGAAUAUAGACACAAAACUUUAUUGCAGUUCACUCUAUAGUACUUUAUUUGUAUCUUUCACAAUUAAAUUGUUGUCAGUCUAUUUUGGAAAAUCUUAGAGUCUUUCCUGAGUAGCAUGUUCUUCAAGAGAUUUUCACCCAUUUAUUAAUGCCUUAUAUUCAGUGGUCUAGGCUUAUCUAUGGACUUACUCGGAGUUAACAUUUUAUGGUGCUGAUUAAUGAUGAUCGAGAUAGAAAUGCUGCUAUUCUGUCUUUUGAACUCUCUGUGCUUUAAACAUAUUUUUGUCCUUGUUUUUAAAUAGUAUCUGUUAGGGCCAAGGAUUUAGCUCAGUGGUUCCGCCGCCUGCCUCACAAGCGCAAGGACCUGAGUUCGAUCCCCAGUACCAAAAAAAGAGAAGAAUUGAAUAGUAUCUGCCACCUAGGACACAUUAACAGGGCACAGCACUAAAAAAUUUGGUAAAAAUGAAAUAUACCUUUAAUUUAUGAACUUUUCCAUUAUGAUGUUUGUAUAUUGCUUCCUUUUGAUAAUCAUUCUUACCUAUCUGGGAAAGAUCAUUUUUCCUUCCAAGAUACUGAAUUUGAAAAAUAUGACAGAGAGCUUUAGGUUAUAGAUUUUUUAAAAGGAUGCUAUCUUCCAGGUUUGUUUUUUUGGAGUACAUUGACAGAUGGUAGAAAACACUGAUGAGGUUAUAUUCUUUUUUUUUUCUUUGACUCUUAUCCUGGGCCAACUGAAAUCUUUAGAUUUGUGUCAUUCACUUUCUAUGCUAAUUUUGCAAUAACUUAGACAUGCUAGUAAUUCCCUACAGAUGACAGAUUUUGUUGAUCUACUGAGUCCAACAGUGCACUGUGAAUUCCAUACAUGUUAAAUAUCAUUCCUUCUGUGUUUUCAGAAAAGUUCUUUUAGGGCAGCCUGUGUUGCUUUUAAAUGUUUUAUGUUAUUACAAGUGCUUUAAUUGUGAACUUUUUAAUAAAAUAAUAUUAAGAGAUAAUUCAGUUGUAGUCCUGAAUUUAUGUAUUUACUUAAUACUAGUAUACAGUUCAGUUCUAUGACAAAAGAGGGUCUGAAGCCAGGAUCACACUGCUUGUAUCUGUCUAUCUAUCCUCUCUCUCUCUCCCUCUUCUCUCAUCUAUCUGUUCAUCCAUCCACCUACCUAUCUACUUCUCUAUUUGUGGCACUGGGGUUUGAACCCAUAACCUUCACACAGCUAUAUCGCCAACUCCUUUUUAUAUUUUUAUUUUGAUAAAUUGCACAGGAUGGACUUAAACCUGUUAUUCUCCUGCCUCAACUUCCUAGAGUACUGACAUUAUAGGUUGUGCCACCAUUAUUUUCUCCAUAUAAAAUCAUGUAGGAUAUUAUAAAAUUAAUGUUGAAAAUUGUAAAGCUUUAGCUACUGCAUUUGUUUCUAAUUCCUCUCUUGCUCAUGGGUUUCAGUAUAAAGUUUAUAAUAUGGUUAUGUGGUUGUAUCCUACCUUUGAUCUGGAUCAUUUCCAUUAUGUUAUGACUACAUAGUGACUAUAUAUAUAUAUAUAUAUAUAUAUAUAUGCAUAUAUAUAUAUAUAUGCUUUAGAUAAAAUGUCUUAUAUAACACAAAGAAUAGUAACUGAACCCAAUUAGAAGCUGGCCUGUAUUAUUUGAUAGAGAGAGAGCCAGUAGCCAAAGUGAUGCCAUAUCCUGGAUUUAAUCCCCCAAAUAUGGCUUUGGUGAAGGUCCUACAACAAUGAUGCCAUGAUAGCUUUUAUUCCUUUUCUCUCAUCCCAGAAUGUGUUGAUUACCAUUUUAUAUUGCUCUAUCUAAAAGUGUUUCAAAUUAAUUUUUUCUUUCUCUACUAUCGGUUGCCAGUGUAUAUGAAACAUUCACUACUGCUUCCUUGUUAUGUGACUACUGUAAUUGAUGAUAAUUCAUUCAUUUGGCUGAAAAUAUUUAAUAAAAAUUCAGGUGAUGUUUUGUCUAGUA